CAUUAAAUCUGUUGUCAGUCGCCAGCGAAAAAAAAAAAAAAACUAAAGAAGGUGGAGAGAAACCUUAAAGAGUGUAGCAAGCUGAAUAGAAUACCGUACAAAAAGGACAAUUAGUGAAAAUUUGUUUAAAAUUGUUUAAUUGUGCUUACUUUCGGCUUGAGAAACACCUGCACUUCAACGAAAACUCGCGUAGCUACUUCCACGGCAUAAAUGUAUCGAACGUACGAAAUUCUCUCGGCCAAAAGUAGUUACCAUUAAGAAUAGCAAUAGGAAACGGUCGGAAAGAAUUUUUUUCUCUUAUUCCUAUAGUCAAUUUUAACACAAAUCUGACCCAGUGUAAUUGGAUCAGCAGCUGCACGGUUUUUCCAACAAGCAUCGCCAUUGACUGGGAUUAGUGGAGGCAGACAUGUUGACUCACAAGGGCUGCCAAGGUGGACGUAAGAAAAUGCAGUGCUUUCAUUGCCAGGUGUCCUUUGUAAUACGAGAUGCAGAGGAGAAACAACACAGAAACGGUGUUAAUGCGUUGCAACUAGACCCCAACAAUGGCAAGCUCUACUCGGCUGGGCGUGAUGCUAUUAUCCGCGUAUGGAAUACGAGAACAGAGUCCACAGAGAAAUAUAUACAAUCGAUGGAGCACCACAAUGAUUGGGUUAAUGAUAUUGUGCUCUGUUGUAAUGGCAGAAAUUUGAUUAGUGCCAGCUGUGAUACCACCGUUAAAGUGUGGAAUGCCCACAAAGGCUUCUGUAUGUCAACGCUACGUACACAUCGUGACUACGUGCAAGCGCUGGCCUAUGCUAGAGAUCGCGAGCAAGUGGCAAGUGCAGGACUGGAUAAAGCGAUUUUUCUUUGGGACGUAAAUACGCUAACCGCACUGACUGCCAGCAACAACACCGUUACAACCUCUAGUCUCACCGGUUCCAAAGACUCCAUAUACAGUCUGGCUAUGAAUCCAUCAGGUACGGUUAUUGUUAGCGGUUCCACAGAGAAUAUGUUGCGCAUUUGGGAUCCACGCACGUGUACACGCAGCAUGAAAUUGCGCGGUCAUACUGAAAAUGUGCGCGCGCUGGUCGUCUCACCCGAUGGCAAUCAAGUAGUCUCCGGCAGUUCAGAUGGCACAAUCAAAGUGUGGAAUCUGGGCCAGCAAAGAUGCAUACAAACGAUACACGUACACAAAGAAGGCGUUUGGGCGCUAUUGAUGAGCGAAAACUUCCAGUACGUGAUUUCAGGCAGCCGCGAUAAGAAUAUCAUUGUAACAGAGUUACGUAAUCCCAGUAACUCGGUGUUGGUGUGUGAAGAGCGAGCGCCAGUGCUUAGUCUUGGCUAUAAUAUUGAUAAGACAGGCGUGUGGGCAACAACUUGGAAUUCGGAUGUACGUUGUUGGAAAUUGCCACUCUAUGAUAAAUGUACAUUAACGUCUAGUGGUGGAAUGGAUGCGCAAUGGUCGAUAGCGUCCAAUACGGAAUUGACCUGCAUCAAAGGAGGUGCGGCCGUGAAGAAAUGCAUUGUGUUGAACGACAAACGAUACAUCGUAACAAAGGAUACGGAGGAAAAUGUUGCCAUUUAUGAUGUACUGCGUGUGAUGAAAAAAGAGGAUUUGGGUAAGGUGGACUUCGACGAGGAGCUAAAGAAACGCAAUAAACAAGUGUACAUUCCAAAUUGGUUUACGGUGGAUUUGAAAACCGGAAUGCCAACAAUCGUUUUAGGACAGGAUGAAGUGGAUUGCUUUGCAGCAUGGGUGUCUAUAGAGGCUGGACUUCCUGAAUGUGCGGAACCAACAUCGGAGACUAAGAUAAAUUAUGGGAAAUUACUACUGGAAGCGUUGUUAGAAUAUUGGACACCUCCGCAUAGUUUACCGCAAAGCGAGUUGGAACCUGACAGCCACGGCAACGGUUACUUUCAAGUACCCAAACAUACGCCAGUUAUCUUCAGUGAGGUUGGUGGUCGCACAGUCUGUCGUCUUCUAGUACGCGAUGCAGCUGGCGAGAGUGAGAGCACAUUAUUGCAUGAAACCGUGCCACAAUGGGUCACAGAUGUGGUGAUUGAAAAAACUAUACCGAAAUUUUUGAAAAUUCCCUUCUUCCUGCAGCCACAUCCACAAAUGAUUAAGCCUGAACGUACCAAAAAGGAUCGCCUAGUUGCCAACGAGUUUAUACAGUGCCGAAAGGUGUGCGAACAUGUGCUGGAAAAGGUACUCGGUGCAGAGACAACGCCCAGUGGUGGUGGCAAUGCCUCGAAUUCCUCGCAAAAUAGUCAAAGCGAUGCGAAUUCCGAAGGCUCGCAAGUACCUGCAGAAGAUAGAAUUGAGUUAUGGUGCAACGAUGUUGUGGUGGAUCCGAACAUGGAUUUGCGCACAGUGCGUCACUUCAUCUGGAAACAGUCGACUGAUUUGACUUUCCAAUAUAAGACAAAGCCAAAUUUUAGCUACGAUGAUGUACUAAAAUAUGACGCGCACACCAUGGGGAUCCAUAGAAAUAUACUUGAUUUUGAAAUAUUUUAAAUGCAUUUAAUCCGUAUAAUCAACGCUCACAAGAACAAAAAUUUGCAUAUGUUUUUCAUGAAAUGUAAUAAUUUGUAUGCGUUCACUUUGUAAAUAACUUUCAAGCGAUUUCAUAUAUUUUUAAUGAAUGUCGUUUAUAUACAAAUCAA